CCUGUUCACUGGCUGCAAAAAAACAAGAUGGCGACAUCGAGUUGUUGUGAAUGCAUCAUUGAUUUAAUUAGCUUAAUGUCCUUUAAGGUUUUCAUGCAGAAUAUGAACAGGCUCAGUCGUAAUGUUACUUAGUUUUGGUUUAGUAAGCUGAAUGAAUGAAUGAAUGAAUGAAUAAUUGUCAGACUGAUGGACUCAUGGAUCCAUCAUAGCUUUGCCUGCUUGCUUAUAAUCGUUAAUAAAUGAUUGAUUAAUGGAAAUAAUGAUGUAUUAUUGCAAACUACCCGAAUAUUAUAUAAGUCAUUAAAAUGAGCUCCACCUUUAACAGCUGCAACAUUAAAGUGAUGAACACACACAAUAUAUUAAUCGAGUUAUUUUAAGUUAGUAUAAUUUGAUGCUAAUACUCUCACUUGAAGUAUUUCCAAAAUAAGAUGUGAGUACUUCUUCCCUGACUCGUGCACAUCAGGCAUGCAGAUCAGGGAGGUUCUGCAAGCUGCUGACUCAGCUUCUACAGCAGCUGACCCGUCUCCUCUUCCUGUCCCCUGUCUUUUGUUUCCCAGGGGGGCCUUUUCAGUGGUGCGCCGCUGUGUCAAGCUCUGCACGGGCCAAGAGAACGCCGCCAAAAUCAUCAACACCAAAAAGCUCUCGGCCAGAGAUCAUCAGAAACUGGAGAGAGAAGCCAGAAUCUGCAGACUGCUGAAGCACUCCAACAUCGUUCGUCUCCAUGAUAGUAUCUCAGAGGAAGGCUUCCACUACCUCCUCUUUGACCUGGUGACAGGAGGAGAGCUGUUUGAGGACAUUGUUGCCAGAGAGUACUACAGUGAAGCAGAUGCCAGGUAAACACCCAGUGCUCCUUCUUCUUCUUCUUCUUCUUCUUCUUCUUCUUCAUGUGUCAGUCCUCCAGCCUCUGCAGUCCUCCUGCAGCCCUGACAGCUCCAGCUCCUCUCAUUACACCAUUUCAGAAUCAUACCAGGCUUCUUGUUCUACAGGCUUCUAUGUCAAUUCAAUGUCAGGCUUCUACGUCUAUUCAAGGUCGAGGCGUUUUUGUUUUUCCUGAAUUUGUACAGACGGAUGGAAACGUACACAUGCACAAAAUGCAACACACGCCCACGCUGUAGCCUAACCCGCCCCUCAGGAGGGAGACUUAAAUCAAUUUGACUGUGGAGGCGGUCUGUGGAGGCGAGAGAGAGAAGAAACGAAGGGGACGGAAAUAUUAAAAGGAUGGAAAGAGCUAGAAUUAGAGAUGCAGUAAAAAGAGGAAAAGAGGGUUUUUUUGUAGUUCUUUUUGAUCCUUUUUUAAUAUCUUUUACCCUCACUCUUUGUCCCAUAUUUGGCCUUUUUUUGGUCGUAUUCAAGGCUUUAAAUUACCUUUUUAAACUCUCUAUAAAGGCUUUGGAGCAUAUGUGAUAACCAGGAGACUGGAAGCACAUUUUGUUUUUGUGAGUCAACACACUGAGAUUAGUGAAACGCAAAAUCAAAUUCAUCUAGAGCAGAAUAAUAUAAUUAAUUUAAAGUAUUCACUUGAAGGAUUCAUUUACAACAACAGAUAUCUGUUUGUGGAUAUCAAUCAAUCUGAUGGUUUGUUCAUUUUAAGAAUAGACUUCAUCUGUUUUUGCAAAUUAACCCUUUGUAAAAAAACACAAAUAUCACUGUUUUGUUCUAUUUUUAAUACUCAAAUCAUGAUUUGUCACACAAGAAAAAGUCUGGUACAUAAUGUAUUAUGAAAACAUGAUAUUUACAAAUAUAAAAGUAUUAUUGGUCAAAGUGCAGAGGCGGUGGGGCAGGGUUUUUGUUAGCUGCUUGAUAGCUAGUUAUCUCCAACUGUGUCCAUUCACAUCUGCUUUGAAUGUUAUCAGCCGAUUGAAUGAACGCCAUCCGCCUCAUAUGGGUCAGAGAAGACCUGCUACACCUUCUAGUAGGCUCAGGAGGCCUUUAUCAUUCAUUCACAUGAUUGAUCUCAGAGACAAAUACAAGAAGACCACGCCCUCCUCUAGUGACCGUCCUAAUUAUGACGAGAGCAAAGGAGGAAGUCAGGUGACGUAGUAGAAACAGUGACAAUGUCUGUGUGUUGAGGAUAAUGGACAAACUCAGGACUUUCACCCAUGAGACUGCUGUUCCUGUCCCGUGUGAAACUAAAAGCAAACCUUUCCUAAACCUGAAGUUGUUUAGUUUCAUUAGAAAACGAUAAAUUUCACUUUCACAACGUGGUGCAGUUUGGUCCAUGUGAAGGAUUAAAAUGGUGCUGAUAACCGCUGAUAACGGCCAUUCAAUUGGCUGAUAACAUUCAAAUUUGUUUUGACGGCCGUUAAACACACUUCAAACAUGUUUAUCGAUCGUUUGCGUCAUUCAAUAAACCAGCUGUAAACGCGCAGUAACAGUGGGAUAAGUAUUACUUUAAAUCAUGCUUUCCUUACACGCCAUCCUGUCUUAAUCCUUUGUAUACCAACAGUCCAUCAAACUGUGAAAUAGUUUCAUUAAAUCGUUUUCAUCUGUCUGGUAGAACUCGAGCAGCAGUUUCAUGUGGUGUCCCACAAGGCUUGAUCAUUGGUCCUCUUCAAUUCACUACAGACAUAUUAUUUGUCUGCCAUUUCACAUACAUUUAUAUGCAGAUGAUACCAUUUGAUACACCUUGGCUCUUCUUCAUAUGUGGUCAUUGAUAAUCUUCUGUAUACUUGUACAAACGCGUUUUAAAAUGGCAACAAAACAAUGUUUACGGUAUUUCUAAGUUCACGGAAGCGUAUCUUGCCGUCUUCAAUCUAUUUAGUAUGCGUACAUCUUGUAUGUGUCACUUUACCAGAGGGAAAGCACUACUGCACACUCGUGACCUGUUUAGAAGUAGUAUUUAGUAUUAGGACACAGCUAUUUCUUUUAUUGGUGAUAAUUUAUGAUAAAAAUCCACAAUUUGUGUGACCACAAGUUUCACCAAAUCCACAACAUGAGUGAUUUUUUUAGGAUUAACACUUUAAUGAACUUGCAUGUAAUCAAUUAAAGUUGUAAAAAUGCUAAUCUGGUGAGGAUUUAGGGAUUCA